AUGCCACCAGUAGAGAUUGUUUUUAAUUGGCCAAAGAGUCUAGAUGAAAUACCUCAUGUAUUAUGGAUCUUACACCAUCAACUUAAAUCAUAUAUAGUCGUAUCUUAUUUUUCAAGCAAUAGUAAUUUCUGGGGUUCAAUAUAUUUACUUCGUGAUUUAAUUGUCUUUAAUUUCAUUUAUUCCAAAUUACUAGAUCUAUUUAAUGUCAUUUUAGGAUAUGGAUUAUUCAAAAGUAUUCAAAAUUUAUACAGAUCAAUUAGUGGAUAUGUAUCACCCAAAAUUUUAUCAUUACCGUUCAUAAAAUCGAAAAUAGAUAAAGAAUUAAAUGAAACAGUGCUCAAAAUUGAAAAAGAAAUAAUGAAAAACAGUGAUGAUUUGAAACAAUUUGAUUCAUUACCUGGUAACGGAUUACCUGUGGAAGAAGUUGAAUCAGAAUUGGUCAAACUUCAAAAAUUGAAACAUUCAGAUUGGAAUAAUGGUAGAGUAAGUGGUGCAGUUUAUCAUGGAGGUGAUCAAUUAUUAAAAUUACAAUCAGACGCUUACCAUCAGUAUAGUGUAGCAAAUCAAUUGCAUCCAGACGUAUUUCCAGGAGUAAGAAAGAUGGAGGCAGAAGUAGUAGCAAUGGUUUUAGAUAUAUUCAAUGCACCAGAAACUGGUUGUGGUUCAACGACAUCAGGUGGUACAGAGUCUUUGCUAUUGACAGGAUUAUCGGCUAGAGAAUAUGGAAGAAAGUAUAAAGGUAUAACGAAACCGGAGGUCAUAGCACCAAUCACAAUCCAUGCAGGUAUUGAAAAAGCAUGCUAUUACUUUGGGAUGAAAUUGCAUAAAGUCGACUUAGAUCCAAAUACAUAUCAAGUAGACCUAAAAAAAGUUAAAAGACUCAUCAACAGUAAUACUGUAUUGCUUUGUGGAUCAGCGCCAAAUUAUCCUCAUGGUAUCAUUGAUGACAUCGAGGGAAUAUCUAAGUUGGCUGUGAAGUACAACAUUCCAUUACAUGUUGAUGCUUGUUUAGGUUCAUUUAUUGUUUCGUUUUUAGAAUCUUCAAAAGUUCAUGGUGAUAAAAAAUUACCAAUGUUUGAUUUCAGGUUACCGGGAGUUACUUCAAUUUCAUGUGAUACUCAUAAAUAUGGAUUUGCACCAAAGGGAUCAUCAAUCAUAAUGUAUAGAAAUCCUAAAUUAAGAGAGUGUCAAUAUUAUAUUUCAAGUGAUUGGACAGGAGGUAUGUACGGAUCUCCAACACUCGCUGGCUCAAGACCAGGUGCAUUAAUGGUAGGUUGCUGGGCGACAUUAGUAAAUAUUGGUAAGGAUGGCUAUAGAAAAAGUUGCUCUUCAAUUGUUAAAGCUACUAUGGAACUCAAAAGUCAAAUAGAAAAAAACCCAAUUCUAUCUAAUUAUUUAGAGGUAAUUGGUGAUCCACUAGGAUCAGUAAUAGCUUUUAAAGUUAAGCAAAAUCAACAGAAAAAUUUAUCGAUUUACGAAUUAGGGGACCUUUUAAGUAAAAAAGGAUGGCAUUUUGCAACAUUACAAAACCCAGCUGCUUUACAUUUUGCACUAACAAGAUUAACUGUACCGGUUCUAGAUGAAUUGAUUGAGGAUCUUGUUACAUCGACGGAAGAGGCUGUAAAAUUGACCAAAGAAAAAGGCAGCAAAUCAGGUGAUACAGCUGCAUUAUACGGUAUAGCUGGAAAUGUACAUACAGCUGGUUUGGCAGAUAGAAUUAUUGUAGCCUUUUUAGAUACUUUGUAUAAAAUUUAG